CAUCUUGUUCGCGCUAGAAAAAGUCAAUGAUUCAAUUUUGGUCCAAAUCAUCAUCAUCCUUUCUUUCUUUACCAAUUCAAAUGCCUCUCCAAUUCUCAAUCCCAAAUGGUGGCUUCUAAUUCUUUGCCGAGUCAGAAAAGGUAACGCAUUGUUGAACACUCACGCGCCGCCCCACGCGCCCUCAAUUACUGCCUCCGGAUCCCAAUUUUUUUUUUUUUUAUCCCCAUGGAGCAUACGAAAACGGAAUCCGACCACCCCGGUCAAACCAAGGUCCCAGAGCCGGAAAGCAAAUCUGAUCCGAAGGACUCAGCUCCAGGAGCUAAUGGAGAUGGUAAUGCGGGGAUUGCCGUUAACGCAGCGCACUCGGGAUCGGAAUCGGAUUCCGUGGGUCCUGCAGGGACAGUGAAACGCACCGUAUCGACCGGAAGCAUCAGGAAGUCUGUACAUUGGAACCCCGAUUUGGUUUCUGAAACCACCUUUGUGGCUUCGCCAGAACGAUUUCGUUCGAACAGUCUGUCCUCCUCUAUGUCCCAGACUUCCGUCAAUGUCAAGGAUACGUUAGAUACGGUUCGUAAUGUGCUAGGAAGAUGGGGAAAGAAGGUUGGAGAAGCGACGAAGAAGGCUGAGACUCUGGCUGGAAACACUUGGCAGCACUUGAAAACAAGCCCGAGUUUUACUGAAGCUGCUCUGGGAAGAAUUGCCCAGGGAACAAAGGUUCUAGCAGAAGGAGGCUAUGAGAAAAUUUUUCAACAGACGUUUGAGACAGUUCCAGAGGAAAAGCUCCUGACUUCUUAUGCCUGCUAUCUAUCCACAUCAGCUGGUCCAGUAAUGGGAAUUUUGUAUAUAUCCACAGAGAAGAUUGCUUAUUGUAGUGACAAUCCUAUUUCAUAUAAAUCCGACAACCGAACAGAGUGGAGCUAUUAUAAGGUGAUCAUCCCAUCACACCAGCUGAAGGUAGUUAAUCCCUCAUCAAGCAGAACCAAUGUUGCUGAAAAAUACAUCCAGGUGGUCUCUGUCGACAAUCACGAGUUUUGGUUCAUGGGCUUCUUGAACUAUGAAGGGGCUGUUGAUUCCCUGCAAGAAGUUCUGCAAGCCAACGAGCAACCAUCUUAAGAAUGGAAGCUGUCUGCAUUGUCUAGAUUUUCACCCUAUUAAAUACAUUGUGUAUCUUGUAACAAAGUUUAAAAGAUUUGAAAAUUCUGGUCCUGGGGCAGUUGGUUUAAGUAUCCCGUUCCCUGCAAAUUUUUGACAGUUUUGUGGAUAAUUGGAUGUAGGUGUAGGCUUCAUACCUAAUGCCAUUUGAGGGGAUCUCCAAGGUAUUAUAGUUUAUAGAAAUGUUUUCUGGUUAUUACCCUCUCACCAAUCUUUGCCAUAACUCGUUAUGUCAAAACCAGUUAGCAACAAUCUUUUUGGUCUUUA